AACAUCUACGGCGAAUAUAGGCCCCGGCCAUACAUCCAGUUGACCAGACCAAAAGUCGAGCAGAGCCAGGAGCAGGACAACGAUGCAGCCCGGAAGUGAAAACCAGCCCGAACUGAACACCCACUCCGCCGUGGACUAUCACUGGCGGGUCUGGCAGCUGACCGGCCUGAUUCGUCCGGCAGGCAUCUCGAAAAGCCUCUACCGGACAUACGCGAUCGGCCUAAACCUGAUGGUCACUCUGCUCUUUCCGCUGAGCCUGCUGGCCCGGCUCAUCCUGACGCGCAGCAUGAAGGAGCUGUGCGAGAACCUAACCAUCACCAUCACAGACAUAACGGCCAACUUGAAGUUCGGAAACGUGUACCUAGUGCGGCGCCACCUCGGCGAGAUCCGCUCGCUGAUCCAGCAACUGGACUGCCGGGCCCUGGCGAUUUGCGAUCGCGAUGAGCUGUGCGCUCUCGUCCAGGCUGUGACGACUGCCCGGAACACAUUCCGCACCUUUGCAUGGAUCUUCGUGUGCGGCACCUCGCUAAGCUGCGUCCGUGUGGCCCUUGCCAGGAGCCGCCAGUUGCUCUACCCGGCCUGGUUCGGGGUAGACUGGAAGAACUCGAACGAGGCCUUUGUGGGAAUCUACGUGUACCAGCUGUUCGGCCUGAUCGUUCAGGCGGUGCAGAACUGCGCCAGCGACUCGUAUCCGCCGGCCUACCUCUGCCUGCUGACGGGCCACAUGAGGGCCUUGGAGGUACGGGUGGCCCGGAUCGGCUGCGAAUGCGCCAGUGGUCAGCAGAGCUACGAUCAGCUCCUGGCAUGCAUCCAAGACCUGACGCUCAUCCACCGGAUGCACACCAUCAUCCAGCAAAUCCUGUCCGUGCCUUGCAUGGCCCAGUUCGCGUGCUCCGUCGCCGUCCAGUGCACGGUCGCAAUGCACUUUCUGUACGUUGCCGAUGCCGACGACCGGCUGGCCAUGAUCCUCUCGGUCAUUUUCUUUGUGGCCGUCACCCUGGAGGUGUUCGUCAUCUGCUACUUCGGCGAAAAGAUGCGCACGCAGAGCGAGGCCCUUUGCAACGCCUUCUACGCGUGCAACUGGGUCGAGCAGCUGCCCCGUUUUCGGCGCGAUCUUCUCUUUACCCUAGCGCGGGCCCAGCGACCAUCGCUUAUACUCGCCGGCAGCUAUAUUCCCCUCACUCUGGAGACCUUUAAGGAGGUUAUGCAUUUCGCCUACUCUGCUUUCACACUCCUGCUGAGGGCCAAGUGAGGAUGUUCCAGCCAAUGCCUUGCCAACAAGUAAAAGAGUUGAGAGCGCAUAACCUGGGCAGUUCUUGACCAUAUUACACGCAGCCACUCCUAUCCUCACCAUUCUUAUCUCCAAUGAUCAAUAUAAACAAAGGUUUCCAAUCUUUUUUCCGGCAAGUGAAAGAGCUUAGUGGAACAAAUUUGGGCAGACACCGAUUGAAAAUACAGAUUUUAGUUGCAUGCGCUAUUCCUUAUUGCACUUCGACCAUGUGAAAAAAUCGUUCAAAAUGGAACGGGUUUUUAUGUUGACAUUAGGUUUAAUUAAUUAAUUUUAACUGUUAAUUAAACCUACAAAUCUGGCAAAGGCAGGGGUUCAGGUUGGGCAAUUUUUCUUUUUAAAGAUAAAUAAUUGCAAAACACCACAGAAUUCAAACGGCCCAGCAACAAAAGAGAAGAGACGGGUUUUUGCGGUCAACGAUUCAAAUCCCGAUUGGAACGAAACCUGACGCAAUAUUCAAUCUGACCUGGUAAGCUGUGCGCAUUAAUGUCUCUUAAUGUUUGGUUUGGAAUAACUACAUAUUACCAAAAAUGAUUUACGUUGUUUUUAUUUAUUUUUAAUUUAAUGAUAAGCACAUUCGCACAGGAAAAACAUUUAUUGGAGCAAUUAAAGAUCAAAUCUAUAACGUUA